UACGCAUUUUGUUCAUCGCUAUGCAACAUUAGAGCUCGAAAUUAAUCUUUUAGACUAUGUUGUAGGUAAGACGGCCAGAGUUAGAAAUGCGUCGCGUCUCGUCUCGGCAAUUCAUGCCAUCUUCGUGUUGCUCGCAAGAUCCGUGCAUGGAACUAACCAUGAAACAAACUCACAGAUGGUUGCGCCCUGGCCCUCUCCUUGAGACCUUGACUAUAAAUAGAUGGACCGGUGAGCAUCUCUAAGCCCAUCCAAGACUCGCAAGCCAAACUCACUAAUCAUACACGUACGUGCUUGGCUUAAACCCUUCCGGCGAAGUCAAGCACAAUGGCGUCGUCCGGCAAGACCUGUGCCGCCUCCGUCCUCCUCCUGCUGCUGGCCCUCGCCGUCGCCACGGCGGCCGACGCGGCGAAGAAGAGCAUCACGUCGGAGCCCAAGUCCAUCUUCUCGAGGCCGUCGGGACCCAUCAUCUCGAGGCCGGCGUCGGAGCCCGCCAUCCCGAGGCCGUCGGCGGAGGUGGACGUGUCGGCGACGUGCAUGGGGUCGCUGCUGGAGCUGAGCCCGUGCCUGGCCUUCUUCAGGGACGCGGGCAUGUCCAAGGCGCCCGCGGGGUGCUGCAAGGGCCUGGGCACCAUCGUCCGAGACCAGCCCGCGUGCCUAUGCCACAUCUUCAACCACACCCUGGAGCGGGCCAUCGCCGUCGGCAUCCCCGUCAACCGCGCGCUCGCCCUCAUCCGCGACGUCUGCGGCCUCACGCCGCCCAGGAACCUCAUGGUCAGCUGCGCCAACGCCGGCGCCGUGCCGCCGCUGUACGUGUGCCCGGCGCCCUCGGCCUGAUCUCUGCCUAUCCAGGAGGAGAUGCGUGAGUAAAUUAAAGAUGGCAGCCCCUCUUCCAAGUCGACGAAGGAUGCAUGCAUACGAAUGCAGCUUAUUAUAGAUACUCUCCAUACUAGUUGGAGUUUCGAAUUAACAACACAUGCCAUGGAUAUGACACUAGCUACCAGAUCGAUCCUGGGCAUAAUGCCAGUAUGCCACACUGUGGUUACAGAUGUAUGUACUGUCUCCACGCAUAAUGAUAAAUGGAUAA